UCAGACCUCGAUAAACAGAGAUGAAAGGCGUGCUAUCCGGAAAAGACAUGAGAAAACACACCGAAGAACCCAUGAGAGAAAAGCUUCCAUAUCCAAGAAUUCGCGUGACGCAAAGUCUAGGGCAGUCUGCCCCGGAUGAACGUUCCGACCGAGAUAACAAUUCCGGCCCCUUGGCUGCUCUCAUGUUGUUGCUCGUCAGAGAAACACCACCAUCACUCACCUACGGCUGUUCAAGUCCUCGACAAUUGAGGUAUCGAACAGACGCACAUACUUACCACGAAUUUAGCAGUUCACCUUUGCUCGACCACGUUGCCAUGCCUCAUGUUCGACCUCGACUUUGCCUUUGACUGCGGGCCGUCUAAGCAAAUUACAUGUAUGUAGCGACGCCUGAGCCAAGUAUCGGAGCGCAAGCACGAUUGAAUCUCGCGUGGGUUCGUCUAGUCCGUCCCUGUCGUGUUCUCCGGCGAGAAGCUUGGAAAGCCAGGGACGUGUGACGGAAAGAGUACAAGGUCGUUUCAUCCCAAUAUGGUCAAUGCAGAAAAGGGCGUCCAGAAAGGGGCAGCACGAGGCGGGAAGAUAGGCCCUCGAAC